CAAACACUCUCGCAGGCACUAGCCUCAAACCCUCGAAACCUUUUUCCAACAGUUUACACCCCAAUUCGGACGCCGCUCCAAGCUCGCUCCGUUGCUCCUUCAUCGCACCACCUAUUAUUUCUAAUAUCGUAGACGCGACAAGAUGUCGGCGCUCGUGCUGAAGCCCUGCGCGGCCGUGUCUAUUCGCGGCAGCUCCUGCAGGGCGCGGCAGGUCGCCCCCCGCGCUCCGCUCGCAGCCAGCACCGUGCGUGUAGCCCUUGCAACACUUGAGGCGCCCGCACGCCGCCUAGGCAACGUCGCUUGCGCGGCUGCCGCACCCGCUGCGGAGGCGCCUUUGAGUCAUGUCCAGCAGGCGCUCGCCGAGCUUGCCAAGCCCAAGGACGACCCCACGCGCAAGCACGUCUGCGUGCAGGUGGCUCCGGCCGUUCGUGUCGCUAUUGCCGAGACCCUGGGCCUGGCGCCGGGCGCCACCACCCCCAAGCAGCUGGCCGAGGGCCUCCGCCGCCUCGGCUUUGACGAGGUGUUUGACACGCUGUUUGGCGCCGACCUGACCAUCAUGGAGGAGGGCAGCGAGCUGCUGCACCGCCUCACCGAGCACCUGGAGGCCCACCCGCACUCCGACGAGCCGCUGCCCAUGUUCACCAGCUGCUGCCCCGGCUGGAUCGCUAUGCUGGAGAAAUCUUACCCGGACCUGAUCCCCUACGUGAGCAGCUGCAAGAGCCCCCAGAUGAUGCUGGCGGCCAUGGUCAAGUCCUACCUAGCGGAAAAGAAGGGCAUCGCGCCAAAGGACAUGGUCAUGGUGUCCAUCAUGCCCUGCACGCGCAAGCAGUCGGAGGCUGACCGCGACUGGUUCUGUGUGGACGCCGACCCCACCCUGCGCCAGCUGGACCACGUCAUCACCACCGUGGAGCUGGGCAACAUCUUCAAGGAGCGCGGCAUCAACCUGGCCGAGCUGCCCGAGGGCGAGUGGGACAAUCCAAUGGGCGUGGGCUCGGGCGCCGGCGUGCUGUUCGGCACCACCGGCGGUGUCAUGGAGGCGGCGCUGCGCACGGCCUAUGAGCUGUUCACGGGCACGCCGCUGCCGCGCCUGAGCCUGAGCGAGGUGCGCGGCAUGGACGGCAUCAAGGAGACCAACAUCACCAUGGUGCCCGCGCCCGGGUCCAAGUUUGAGGAGCUGCUGAAGCACCGCGCCGCCGCGCGCGCCGAGGCCGCCGCGCACGGCACCCCCGGGCCGCUGGCCUGGGACGGCGGCGCGGGCUUCACCAGCGAGGACGGCAGGGGCGGCAUCACACUGCGCGUGGCCGUGGCCAACGGGCUGGGCAACGCCAAGAAGCUGAUCACCAAGAUGCAGGCCGGCGAGGCCAAGUACGACUUUGUGGAGAUCAUGGCCUGCCCCGCGGGCUGUGUGGGCGGCGGCGGCCAGCCCCGCUCCACCGACAAGGCCAUCACGCAGAAGCGGCAGGCGGCGCUGUACAACCUGGACGAGAAGUCCACGCUGCGCCGCAGCCACGAGAACCCGUCCAUCCGCGAGCUGUACGACACGUACCUCGGAGAGCCGCUGGGCCACAAGGCGCACGAGCUGCUGCACACCCACUACGUGGCCGGCGGCGUGGAGGAGAAGGACGAGAAGAAGUGAGGAGCGCCAGAGGCUCUUUGGGCGGAGACAGCUUCAAAGCGAGGGGGCGUAUUAGCAGUACCGUAAAUAUGCACUGAUGGGUGAUGCGGGUGUCCUCCUUUAUAUUGAAUGGGGUCAAAAUAGGCGGCGGGUCAAAUGUUUCCUUUUUGAGUGGUGUCACAGCAUGGGGCACGUGUGCGGAGGCCAGUUGCCCUCCAGUGCACGCGCUCCCGGUGUGUGGCCGCACUGGCCUUGGAUAAUGCACCGGUGGAGGAUUAUGGAAGAGGGGGACUCAGAAGGCUCAUUAUUGGACAAUGCCUGGUCUCUUCCACAUUGGUGUGAGCGCGGCUCCGCAUAGGCUGUUCACUGCACGCUGGCAUUAGGCGUAGGUACUGGCAUGAGGGAGCGCGGCUUGCUAACCGAAUGGCGUAUCCCUCCAGGGCACGUCGGAAUGGCGCGUGCCCAUCAACGCAAAUUCUUGGCCUUCAUCGCUUCUGGAUAUUGAAGCUGCACAAACCUGCAUUCUAUUUGCUUGUUUACACGUGCCCCAAUCUUGGUUGGAAGCUAAACAUGUUUGGGAACAAUUCAUCUUACUAAAGCGUGUGGGGGUUGAGGAUGCGCACGUUGUGCGCUGGUGGGUGGGCGGGAACGUGGGUAGCAUUUAGGCUAGCUGGCAUACGACAACGGGGCCCGUGAGGAUUGAGCACUUGACUCGCGAACUUAUGAACGUAGCGCUUUAUACCCACCGUAUGCGAUUGACGUUGGUGUAGGCAACCAGGCGGUAGGAAGGCGGAGAGAUGCAUUGCAAACGCCUGUAAAAGAACGGCAUAGCUACUAGACACUCUGAUGUGGACCCUUGGCGCAGCCACGACAGGAGAGGUGUGCAUCAGCCGCUUGUAAGCACGCACUUCU